AUGACUAGGGAUCAUGCUUGGUUGCUGGUGCUUGUCUUAAGGAACAUCCUGAAUAAGAUUACUGGCCAAGCAUCCCCUCCAGGGUUUAGAUAUGCUUCUUAUGAGGUGAUCAUCCCAAAGAGGCAGACCCCAAGGUCUGGGCACAAAGAAGCUGAGGAUGUGAACUACCUGCUGAAGAUUGAAGGGAAGAGCCACCUAGUGCAUCUCAGGCAGAAGAGAGCUUUUGUUCCCAAACACUUCCCUGUUUUCACUUACAGCAAGGAGGGGGAUCUCCAGGUGGACUAUCCUUUCAUCAGGGAUGACUGUUUUUACCGUGGUUUUGUACAGGGCAGACUUCACUCUUUGGUAGCAAUAAGUACUUGUUCUGGAGGUCUCAGAGGUGUGUUGUGGGUAGAAAAUAAGACCUAUGAGAUUGAACCUGUCCAGGCAUCUUCUACCUUUCAACAUGUGCUGUAUCGAUUGGAGGAAGAGGAAGGGGCCAUUCGCAUGAGGUGUGGGCUGACACAAGAAGAGCAAAGUCGACAAAUGGCCAUGUUCCAAAACACAGGGAAUGUAGCCGCUAAAAGAUCACACGACAGGCCCUGGUGGACACACACAAUGUACACAAAGCUGGUCAUAGUGGUAGAACAUGAGCGCUAUGUUCAAUUCGGCAGAAAUGAAACUGUUGUUGCUUUGAAUAUGCUGCAUGUCAUCCAUUUUACAAAUUCACUGUAUGCUCCACUUGGUAUUCAGGUAAUCCUUGUUGGAUUGGAAAUAUGGUCUGAAAGAAAUCUCAUAGAUAUUUCUGACUCUAUGAGCCCUCUGCUUGGGAACUUCAAUAUUUGGAGAAGAAAUACACUUAAUACACGUCUACCACAUGAUGCAGGCCACCUUUUUGUAUAUAAGCGUUUUAAAGGUAUAAUUGGAUUAGCAUAUACUGGAACAAUAUGUCAGAAAGAGAUGGCAAGUGCUGUUGAUUCAUAUACUACUUCCAGUUUAUUCUACUUUAUUAUCACAUUUGCCCAUGAACAAGGGCAUAUUCUUGGGAUGAAUCACGAUUCAGAGUUCUGUACAUGUGAACGACAACAAUGCAUUAUGGCUGCCUAUCAUUCAUACACUGAUAAGUUCAGCAACUGCAGUUAUAAAGGCUAUUACAACUUAAUGAAAUCUGGCAAAGCACAGUGCAUGUUGCUUGCUGGAGACCCUGAUAAAUUGUAUAAACUCACAUUCUGUGGAAACAAAGUAGUGGAACAUGGAGAGCAAUGUGACUGCGGUUCAAAAUUAAGUUGUGAAUCAGAUCCCUGUUGUCAGUCUGAUUGCAGGUUGCGUUCCGGUGUCACUUGUGCUUUUGGAGAGUGCUGCUCCAAAUGCCAGUAUCUUCCAGCUGGAACUAUUUGCAGGGGAAGUAAUAGUGUUUGCGACCUUCCAGAGUACUGCAAUGGGACUUCAGAGUGGUGUCCUGAAGAUGUUUACGUGCAAGAUGGUGCUCCAUGUCAGGGUGGUGCAUACUGUUUACAUGGGAACUGCUCAACUCAUAAUAAACAGUGCAAAAUGAUCUUUGGUUCAAAGGCAACAGUUGCUUCAGAGGGCUGCUUCAGAGAAUUGAAUGCUCGAGGUGACCGCUUUGGAAACUGUGGCAUUAAUGGUAGUAAUUAUAUCAAAUGCAAUGCUGAGGAUAUCUUGUGUGGCCGAGUCCAGUGUGAAAACAUAAAUAAACUACCUUCUGUGGAAGAACACAGCACCAUAAUCCAAACACACAUUAAUAAAAGUCUGUGCUGGAGUACAGAUUACCAUAAUGGAGCAAAUACACCUGAUACUGGAGCCGUGAGAGAUGGCACUAUUUGCAACAAAGAUAUGAUGUGUAUUAAUAGGAAAUGCAGCAAUGUGUCCUUCCUAAAGUAUGAUUGUAAUGUGACAAAGUGCCAAAAUAGAGGAAUUUGUAACAGCCGCAAAAAUUGUCACUGUGAUUACGGCUGGGCUCCUCCAUACUGUGUAAACGAAGGCUAUGGUGGCAGCAUUGACAGUGGGCCCCCUCCAGGAUACAAUGCUAUAUUUAUUGCAGGACUUCCAAUCCUCCUUGCUGCACUUGUUUUUGCUGCUGCUCUUGCUGCAUAUUACAGAGUCAAACUGACUCAGUUGUAUAGAACAUUUUUGGCAGGAUCACAUUGA